AUGGAGGAGACAUACCUUCUAAACCAUCCAGGAGUCAGGAAGAAGAUUCUGGCUGGAGGGACAGGACCACUGCCACACUUUCCACCUGGGACAAAGCUGGUAUUCCACUUCCAGACACUCUUGGACAACUUUGAACGAACGGUCAUCGAUGACAGUCGACUUGCCGGCAGGCCAGCUGAGAUCUUUGUCGGAAAGAUGUUCAAGAUGGAAGUCUGGGAGACCCUGCUGAUGUCCAUGAGGACUGGAGAGGUGGCUGAGUUCUGGUGUGAUUCCAUUCACACAGGCUUGUACCCCAUCGUGUCCAAAGGAAUGAGGCUGAUCGCUCAAGGGAAAGACCCCCUAGAGGGCCAGAGACACAUGUGUGGUAUGGGGAACAUGUUCAACUAUCACUCCACUGGUUUCCCAGAGCUGGAUGAGCUAAUGAGAACUCCUCAACCACUUAUAUUCAUCAUGGAGCUGUUGCAGGUGGGAGACCCCAUGUCCUACCACAGAGAGUCGUGGAUGAUGGAAAAGGAUGAGAAGCUGCAGACGGUGCCGAUUCUCCACAUGCAGGGCAAUGCGCUGGUCAAGCAGAGGCAAUUCAGAGAGGCUGCCAGCAAGUACAAAGAGGCCGUCCUGCUGCUGAAAACAGUCCAGUCCAGAGAGAUGCCGGGUGAUAUAGACUACAUUAAUUUGGGUCGAAUGAUCAUCCCUCUGGAGCUGAACUACUGCCAGUGUAUGUUGGAGCUGGAGGAGUAUUAUGAAGUUAUAGAGCACACCACUGAACUGCUGGAGAAAAACAAAGACUGUGUGAAGGGCUACUACAAGAGAGCCAAGGCCCACGCUGCUGUGUGGAAUGAAAAGGAAGCCCGAAGAGACUACAACAUGGUGGCCCAGCUGGACAUCACUCUGGCCUCUCUUGUCAACCGAGAGCUGAAAGCCAUGUCAGAGCGCAUGAAGGAGAAGUACUGGGAGGAGAGGGAGAAAUACUGGAACAUGCUAGAGAAAAAGGAGAAUGAAAAUGAAGAGGUGGAAGACAAUGGAGAACAAGAUGACAGUGAGAGUGUGACCACAGAAGGUAAAGGUAGAGAAGACUCUCCAUCCAAAUGUGCUGAAGGCCAUAAAGAGGAACUCUUACCUGAGGGAACAGGUAACGAAGAGGAAGCAAUCUCUUCUGAGAUCAGUCAAAACGCCUCCAAUAAAACAGAGGGGAAGGACUGGCAGCAGAUGUUACGACUGGUCAUGUUGCUGCAGAACGAAGGAAACUUCCUUAUAAAAGAAAAACGCUUUGAAGAUGCUUCUGUAAAGCUCAAGGAGGCCACAGAAUAUGUGGAUGUCCUUCAGAAGAUGGUAGAUCAACAGGCUGAGGACUUCGAGUCGCUGGAGAAAGUGCGCCUUCCGCUGAUUCUUAACCUCAGCCAGUGCAUGCUGGAGCUCAAACAAUACCAGCAAGUGGUGGAGCUCAACAGCAAGCUGCUGAGGAAGCACAAAGGUAACUUUAAGGCGGUGUACCAGCGGGCACGAGCACACGCUGCUUUGUGCAAUGAGGAUGAAGCUCGGAGGGACUUUGAUAUGGUGGAGAAAUUGGACCCAAAAUUCAAACCCCUUGUCCGCCAGGAACUUAAAAAGCUGUGUGAGGACAUGCGCACCAUGCACGCCCGCCAAAAUAAGACUUACUGGGAUACGACACAGGAGAAGUGGGGGCCUGGUGGAAGCAAGGGAAAGGGUGCAGCAAGAAAGAAGAAAUUUUCACAGAGAGCCACUGAAGCAGAUAAGAAGAGAGAAGUCAGUAAAAUAGAAGACAAGGAAAGCUCAGAGAAACCUGCCUCUGCUGAGAAGGAGGGAGUGAAUGACGCAGAAACAGAGAAGAAUCCAGAUGUGAAAGCAGAGCAAUGCAAUAAAGAGCUAGAGAGUGGGAGGGCGAGUGGAGAGGGGUUAGAUAAUGAAAAUAUGGAGAGUUUUGUGGGUCACGAGGACGGGCAGGUUGUACCAGAUAAUCGAGCAACAGAUAAAGAUAGCAAUCCCGCGCCCACCAGCACAGGCAAAGAUAAUGUAGUGAGCAAGAGAUCGGUGAGCGAUACGGGCAGGAAGGUCAAAUGCCAAUCAAGUGCUGCACCGGGCCUAAGCGGAACAAGCCAAGGGAACAAAGCCACCAGUGAUAAGACAGGAAAUGGUGGCACUCAAUUAGAAUAG